AUGAUACCUUCACCUCGACGGUCGGUCUCACAGCCUGCUAUCCAGUCGAACAAUGCCAGCUGGACAGAUGUAGACGAUGACGAUGGCUGGCAGGAUAUGCCCGUUGUCCGAAGCGACUCCAACCCAUUUGGACUAGAUGACGAAGAUGUCAAGAAAUAUCAUUACAAAGCUCCAACACGGCUUGACCCUUCGGCAGGCUCAUCUUCCAAUCCUUCUGGGAAUGCUACAGGUAACGCGACCGGACAGCAUAUGGAGCUGGAGGGAGAUACAUUCACAGGCGUAGCGGAUUCGUGGAGGGAGAAGAUUGUUGAAGAUGAAUCGGAUUAUACUAGACUACGUCUGAACGAAGAUGAGGAAUCGGAGGAAGUCGCUAUGCGGACGAGAUAUCUGUUUGAUGAAGAUAAAGCGAUGACUCCACUGAGUCAGAUGCAGGCUACCAAGAACCUAUUGACUGAAGGACAAAGAAUCGCAUACGUAGGAUUGUGUCAGCUGAUAGCGAAAAGGAUGUUGAAAGAUAUGGGAAGAGGAUGGGAGGGUCACAAGUUGACGAGUGGGAAAGGUAAACUAGGUCUCAGAGGAAAGAACAAGAAUGAGCUGCCGGUGGUGGAAAGUGGGAAUAUAUGGAUGUUGAAGAUCAUGGCUAGGUUGUAUCAGCAUAUGGAGUUGACUCGAGACGAACAACGGAUGAUAGAAUCAUUAGCGGAACACGGUGUGGAUCCAUCUGAUCUAGUUCCAGCACUCAUGACCACUCACACCGUGGCCAAUCCAGACUUCGACCCUAAAGCCAAGGAAAAGGCAGAUCUGGAAGCGAUAGCAGAGGCUGAGGAAGCUGAGGCGGAGAGAGAUGUCGAAGCGGAGAAGCAAAGAUUAGCUGGAAGGAGUCGGGAAGAAAUCGAUGAGGAAGAAAAUCCACCUCCGCCAUAUCGACCAAGAGAAGAAUCCCCAUUACCUAGACAUACCACAAAUCCAUUUGGUGAAGACGAAGAAGAGGAGGAUGAAACGAGGAACCCACUUGCGUCUUCGUCGACGGUUUCGACUUCAAAGUCCCCACCCCCCCAAUCCGGGAAAAAAUCAAAGCCCACACCUGCAAGAUUGCCUUCACUAGAUUUUGAUGAAGAUGAUGGUGAUAUAACCUCUAUGCUGUCUCCUCCACCCUCGCAAUCCCCUCGACCCCCCACUUCUCCAUCCGAAACACCUCCGCCGCGAGACACAAACCAGAAAUUACGAGUGGAGGAAACGGAUGCCGAAAAGACUCCUAGGGUGAAAUUUGCAGAAUCUCCUGAAAUUGUAAACAAUAUCGUGGAGAACAGGAACAGUGAGAUGAAGGAGGAAGCGGAAUCAGAAGGGGACAAAGCGCCUGCACCAUUGCCUUCUUUACCAGGUGUGUCGACUUCGCUGUCAAAUACGGAUGAGAAAGUUACAUUGGAUAUACGUUGGACUGUGCUUUGUGACCUCUUCUUGGUGUUGGUCGCAGAUUCGGUGUACGAUGCACGAUCAAGAGCCUUCCUAGAGCAUGUAUCAUCUGCAUUAGGUUUCGAGUGGUUGGAUCUCGUUCGAUUCGAGAAUCGAGUAACGGAUGCAUUGGAGAUACAAGAGAGUACGGAGAAGACAACUCAGGAUGGAAUAAUAGAGGGAAGGAUGAAAGCUGCCAAGACCAAGAGAUAUGCAUUGAUGGGUUUGGCUGCUGUCGGUGGUGGUCUGGUAAUUGGUUUAUCGGCAGGUCUCGCUGCACCUUUGAUCGGAGCAGGUCUGGGCGCAGCUUUAGGUACAGUCGGUAUAACUGGUACAGGAACUUUUUUAGCUGGUGCUGGAGGUGUAGCGAUGAUUACCACUGGUGGUGUCUUGACUGGUGCGAACAUUGCCGGUCAAGGUAUGGCGAGAAGGACGAGAGAGGUCAGAACUUUUGAGUUGAAGCCGUUGCAUAACAACAAACGAGUCACCUGUUACAUUACUAUGGGAGGAUUCAUGGCAAGUAAAUUCGAUGAUGUCAGGUUACCGUUCUCUGUCCUUGAUCCGAUAAUAGGGGAUGUAUACUCCAUUCUUUGGGAGCCCGAAAUGAUGGAAGAGAUGGGAAGUGCCAUGAAGAUUCUUACUGGGGAGAUUUUAACGCAAGUAGGACAACAAGUAUUGUCAGCUACCAUCAUGACCGCUUUGAUGAGUGCUUUGCAAUGGCCCAUUAUUCUCACCAAACUUGGAUACUUAAUUGAUAAUCCAUGGUCAAACGCUUUGGAUCGAGCACGAGCUGCGGGACUGGUUUUGGCAGAUACUAUCCUGAAUCGACAUGCUGGUAUCCGACCAAUCUCCCUAAUCGGAUUCUCUUUAGGUGCUAGAGCUAUAUUUUACGCCUUGAUAGAAUUAGCAAGAGUAAAAGCCUAUGGAUUGGUUCAAGACGUUUUCAUCUUCGGUACGACAGUCACCGCAUCGCGAAAUACAUGGCUGGACGUUCGAUCGGUAGUAGCUGGAAGAUUCGUCAAUGGAUAUGCUACCAAUGACUGGAUGUUGGGAUAUCUGUUUAGAGCUACUUCGGGUGGACUGAAUACGGUUGCUGGAUUACGACCUGUGGAAACUGUUGCCGGUUUAGAAAACGUUGAUGUAACGGACAUCAUCACCGGGCAUAUGAGCUAUAGGAGUUGUAUGCCUCAAUUAUUGGCCAAAGUUGGAUUCCCUGUCACUGCGGAAUAUUUUGAUGAACCAGAGGACCCCAAUGUCGAUAUGAGCGUGCAAGAACGUAUAAUCAUCAACGGAGCGGAAGAGGAAGCCAAGCAGAAUCGACGUAAAAUCCUGGGUAUCUUCCCUAGAGGUAAUAAGUCUGGCAGAAGUUCCGGAUCUGGCACUAGUACACCCAAUACGGAUAAAGACAAAGACAAGAGUACGGAGACUCUGCCUACCCCUGGACCUGGAGGUGGGUACGAAUAUGAGGAAGAUGACGAUCUACCCCCGAGGGAAGAAGCGGAUCUAGGAGACAUACCGGGAUCAGCAGAUGCAAAAGCUACUUCGUUGGAGACCCAACAAGAACGAGAGGAAAGUAAGAGAGUAAUCCGAGAAGAAGAAGAGAGGAAAGCGAAAGCUGCGAAAGAAGAGGAAGAAGCUGUGAAAUCGAUCUCGAAAACUGCCGGAUUCGACUUUAAAGCUAUCUCAGACGCUUUAGGCAAAGAUAUCGAUGUGGAAAACCUCAAACAACCUGAACCAUCUAGACCUAUCGCCGCUCAAGCUAUGAUACCCAACGAAGCUCGGGCCCCGCUAGAAAGGAGUGGUUCCGCUCCACCACCUAUUGUACAUGACAGCUCGGAAGAUAACACUUGGACAUCAUCAUCUAACAAGAUGGCGUCGACCUCGACAUUUUCCAAAAUUGGCAAUGAUGACAGCGAUGAUGGUGAAGGAGAUAUCACUUCGAAUAUGGCUAGGGGUUUAUCAUUAUCGGAUUUACCAAGCUGGGAAAGACCUCAGAUAUCCACCACACUUGAAGAUAAAUCACCCUCUCCCUCGGGUCAAUCUGGGUUAUUCAAAUCGCCUGUGUUCUCGUGGAACGCUUGGAACUCCACAUCAGGCAAUGUACCUAGUGCCAAUGAGAUACUGAGGGAUACACCCAAACCCGUUAGAUCAGCUCCUCCUGCUCGACCACACCCUAAAGAGCUCAUGGAUAUGAAUCCGUUCAUGGCGGGGUCCAACGAAGGCUGGGGAGGCACGACCUCUUCUACACCUAUACCAGGCGGAUCAGGAUUGGGUAAAUUCGAUGAGGAUGCGGAGAAAGAGAGGAAGCGAAAAGAGGAUGAGGAAGAAGCUGAAACUAAUCCUUGGUAG